AUGUUUUCCUUACCUAUGAUUGCGCCGCGCCCGGAUGCCAGCCUCUGGCCUUCCCAUUACACCACCCACACCGCCUUCGAGGACACACAUUCACACUCUCCACCCGACACAUCCCAUGGCCACAACAACCGGCGCCCAACGUCGCACCACGGCCCACGUCGCCAUCAGAACCACUUCCUCUCCAGCCUGACUGCCGACGAGAACACAAUCGCCCAGCGCAAACUCAAUGUACGCAGAUUCGGCGCGGGUUGGCUGCGUCCGCCCGGUAUCACCAAAACACUACAAGCGAUCGACGACGAAAAGCUAGAGAAGGAGGAACAGGAGAUGAUGCAACGCAGAGAGCAAGUAAUGAUGGACCUAGCAGCCGCUCAACAAGAUGCUGCAAACGAGGAGCAAAGGGAGAGAGGAGAAAUGGAAGAAGAGGCCGGAGAAGGAGAAGUAGAACGGGAUCUUGACGAUGAAGUCCCGGAGGCACAAAGCACACCCAGUGCAUCUGAAGUAUCGAGCGACGAAGAAUCAGAGGAGGAGGAGGACGGCAGUGAAACUAGUGGUGACGUCCAAGAAGAGAGCACAGUACCCUUUAAUGAGGACAGCUUCAUAGGGGGCAGUAUGCUCGAAGCAGAGGUAUCCCACAUGCUGGAGAUGGAAGAGGCGGAAAUGGCAGGCGUGCUGCAAGACGAACGCGAUCUCGACGACGAUGUCCCAGAAGCCGGGAGUUACGAACAUACCGAUUCUGAACUCGAAGAUGAUAGCGAUGUGGAUAAUAGCGCCCUUCCACCUGGUCUCAGCUCCGUGCGCUCAAGGCGCUCGACAAGGCGCCGCUCAAGUGGACGCCGUAGCUCUGGUCGCAGAAGCUCGGGAUUGCCUGGUGGCAUGAUGUUUGGAGGUGGACAUCCCGCUAUUGGAAGGGUCAGCCUGGGUGUUGAUUUGGGGAAUGGAAGGAGCAGCUUUGGCAUGGAUGGGAGUAGUUCACUUCUUGAGGGUAGCUCCUUUUUGAGGAGUUCGCCGGCGGGGAAUGCGGCAGCCAACAGGGGUAGUCUGAGAGAUAGGUUUUUGGGGGCUGCGAGAGGUGGUGGUGGAGGGAGUGGAAGGAGGGCUUGA